AUGCGUCUUUCUCUCUUUCACACACUCUCUCUCUCUGUCUCUCCUAUUCUGAUCAUAGCUAUCUAUGGAUCUAUAAUUCUGCUCAUAUCUAUCUAUCUAUCUGGUCAUAUAUAUGUCUCUCUCUAUCUCCCUCCUCUCUAUCUCCCCCUCUCUGAUCAUAGCUGUCUAUGGAUCUCUAAUUCUGGUUAUAUCUAUCUAUCUAUCUAUCUAUCUAUCUAUCUAUCUAUCUAUCUAUCUAUCUAUCUAUCUAUCUAUCUAUCUGUUCAUAUCUAUCUAUAUAUUUGUUUAUAUCAUUCUAUCUAUCAUUCUGGUCAUAUAUAUUCAUCUCUCUCUCUCUCUCUCUCUCUCUCUCUAGAGCUGUGGACUUCUUCUUCUUCUUCUUCUUCUUCUUCUUCUUCUUGUCGUCCCUAUUCCAUUUUUUUCGUCGUCCUCGUCCUCCUCCUCCUCGUUGUUCUUCUGCUACUUCUUGUCGGCGUCGUAGUCUUCCUUCUCCUCCUCGUUGUCGCCCUUCUUCUUCUUAUGCUUCUUCUUCAUCAUCUCGUCGCCACUGUCGUCGUUGUCGUCGUCCUCCUCCUCCUCCUCCUCCUUCUUCUUCCUCUUCUUCUUUUUGUCGUUGUCCUCCUCUUUUUUUCUCGUAAUCAUCGUUGUCCGCUUCUUCUUCAUCAUCAUCUCGACGUCGUCGUCCUCGUCCUCCUUCACGUUGUUGACGUCAUCCUCCUCCUUCUUGUCGUCAUCGUCCUUAUCAUCUUCUCGUCGUCGUCUUUGUCCUCCUUCUGCUUGUCGUCGUCCGCUUUCUUCUUCUUCUUCUUCUUCUUCUUCUUCUUCUUCUUCUUCUUCUCCUCCUUGUCGUCUCACCCCCUUCUUCCUUCUUCUUCUUUUCUUCUUCUUCUUCUUCUUCUUCUUCUUCUUCUUCUUCUUCUUCUUCUUCUUCUUCUUCUUCACCCAUCGUCGUCUUAA